AUGGCAUCUCGCCGUGUGUCAUCGCUCUUGCCUAAUCUGAUCAAGUUCGCUCGACCAUAUAGUAUUGGGACCGCCACAAAUUAUGUUCCAACCAUUGAAUCAGCACAUAUACCAAAGACCGAAGUCAGCACAUUGAAAAAUGGAUUCCGCAUCGCUUCUGAAAAUUGGAAUAUGCCCACAUGCACCGUUGGUCUCUGGAUUGAUGUUGGAAGUCGAUUUGAAACUGAAACUAAUAAUGGCGUUGCCCAUUUCCUGGAGCACAUGGCGUUCAAAGGCACUGAUAAACGAACUCAACAAUCUCUAGAAGCAGAAGUUGAGAAUAAAGGGGCUCAUCUUAAUGCUUAUACUUCACGAGAAAUGACCGUGUACUAUGCGAAAUGCUUUUCAAGUGACUUGCCUUGGGCCUGCGAACUUAUUUCCGAUAUCAUUAAAAAUAGUAAACUUGAUCAGCAUCAGGUAGAUCGCGAACGCGGUGUCAUUUUGAGGGAGAUGGAGGAAGUCGAAAGCAACUACCAGGAGGUUGUAUUUGAUUACUUGCACGCCACUGCUUACCAAGGCACCCCUCUCGGUCGCACAAUUUUGGGACCAGUUGAGAACGUUAAAUCUUUGCAGCCUCGUGAUCUACGUAACUUUAUAAGAACAAAUUACAAAGCCCCAAGAAUGGUGCUCACGGCAGCUGGAGGUAUUGAUCAUGAAGAACUAAAGGAACUUGGCGAAAAAUACUUCGGUGACAUUUCGGCCAACUUCGACAGUGAAACUCCUAAGCUUGAGCCCUGCAGAUAUACUGGUUCCGAGAUCCGUGAUCGCGACGAUGCGAUGCCGUUGGCACACAUUGCCAUUGCUUUCGAGGGACCUGGUUGGACUGAUCCAGAUACUCUUGCCCUCAUGGUGGGCAGUAGCGUAAAUGGUGCUUGGGAUCGAACACACGGAGGUGGCUCCAAUGUUGCCAGUCCUUUGGCUAGCAUGUUCUUCGAAAAAGGCAACGUUCACAGUUAUCAGCACUUCUUUACUUGCUAUCAUGAUACCUCGUUAUGGGGUGUAUACUUUACAGGCGAAAAGAUAGGCCUGAAUGAAGCAGUUACUGCAUUCACCAAGGAAAUGGUUCGCAUGUGUUCACAAAUCACGGAGCAUGAGGUUGCACGCGCCAGAAAUCAGCUUAAAACCCAUCUAAUGCUUCAGUUGGACGGAACCACUCCCAUCUGUGAGGACAUUGGUAGACAGAUGCUCGUUUACGGACGCCGCGUCCCCAUAAACGAAAUGCUCGCAAGAAUUGAUGCUAUCAAUGCCGAAAGGCUUCGCGAAGUUUGCUCAAAGUACUUAUACGACCGAUGUCCGGCUGUCGCUUCGAUCGGACCGGUUGAAGCUCUGCCGGAUUAUAAUCGCAUUCGCGAUCAGACAUGGUGGAUACGCUUGUAG